UUGCUAGCUAGUUUUGAACAAUGGUGGGAAUGGCAUCUUUGUAAUUAGCUUCCAAGGAGGAGGUGAAGUUCCCCAACCACCGUAGAUUAAAGAGAAAUUUGAAACGAGUGGCCGUUUGAAAUGGAAGAGAAAAGAAGUUGGAACUUCAAAAACCCCAAAACCCUUAAAUGCAAAUCAAAGCAACCCAUCUCCUCUGACCCAAUCACAUAUUCAAACCCUCUCUACUCUUCACUCCCAACUGAAAGCUUCGCUGGGUUUCACAAUUCAAACCCAGAAUCACAACCCACACAGAUGACGGGGCUCGUAAUGGUGACGAGGGGCGGUGGUGGUUGCAAAGAGGGGAAGAAGAGCUCGGAAGAAGAGCAAAACCAGCUCUCUCUGGUGGAUUUUCUGUUGGCCGCGGUGAGGAAAUCCAUGGUGGCCUGCCGCGUGGAGCGAGGCGAGGAGGUGAUCUCCGCCGUCAAUAAUAUGGAGAUCGGGUGGCCCACGAAUGUCCGGCAUGUGACGCAUGUCACGUUCGACCGGUUCAACGGGUUUCUGGGUCUUCCGGUGGAGUUCGAGGUCGAUGUCCCGGGUCGGGUUCCGAGUGCUAGUGCAAGUGUGUUUGGGGUCUCAGCGGAGUCGAUGCAGUUGUCUUUUGAUUCAAAAGGGAAUAGUGUCCCUACUAUUCUCUUGCUGAUGCAGGAGAGAUUAUACUCACAAGGAGGAUUGAAGGCAGAAGGAAUAUUCCGUAUAAACCCAGAGAACAGCAAAGAGGAGUUUGUGAGAAACCAGUUGAACAGAGGCAUUGUGCCUGAUGACAUUGACGUCCAUUGCUUGGCAGGCCUAAUCAAAGCCUGGUUUCGAGAACUUCCUUCAGGAGUGCUAGAUGGACUAUCUCCUGAAGAAGUUCUUCAGUGCAACACAGAAGAGGAAUCCUUUGAGCUUGUGAAGCAGUUAAAGCCAACCGAGGCUGCAUUACUCAAUUGGGCUAUCGGUCUGAUGGCUGAUGUUGUUGAGGAAGAAGAAUUCAACAAAAUGAAUGCUAGAAAUAUUGCUAUGGUUUUUGCUCCAAACAUGACUCAGAUGUCUGAUCCACUAACGGCUUUGAUGCAUGCGGUUCAAGUAAUGAAUUUGCUUAAGACCCUGAUUAUGAAAACACUAAGGGAACGUGAAGAGACUGAUGAAACUGGAGGAUAUUCACCCAUGUCAUCUUGUUUAUCUGAUCAUCAAUCAGACGAAGACUUGUAUAGUCAUCCAGACAUGGAUACCAAUGGAGAUUUGUAUAGUCAUCCAGACAUGGAUACCAACUCUGAAUUGAGAGGACCAACAUCAGAUUAUGAUGAAAAUGCCCACUAUAGCAACAGCAGUGAAGAUGGAGAUGAAGUUCGGCCACUCAGUGACAUAGAAGAAUGCUUCUUAAGACGAUUGGAUGAGAAGAAAACAGCCCCAAAUAGCAUGGCAAUGGUGAAUAAACCAACCAGUAAGUCACUUGGUGAGUAUCCGAGUCCUCAAAGUUGCUCGAGCUUUAACAUGGAAUCUGGCACGUCUUCUGUUGAUAGCAAAAAUGGGAAUUCUGGCUUCUGUGCAAGUUAUGGGGAAGACUCUGGAAAAUGCACUGAUAUGGAGAGCCCUUCAGUAUCAUGCUCAACCUUGAAGGAAAUGGAUAUGGAGGACAGAGUAAUGGAGUCUGUUUCAACUAGGCCAUUGUUUGCAUCUACUUAACUGACAUGUCAUUUUCAUUUCCACAGUGCUCGGAUUAUACGCAGCAUAUUUCGGUUUGUUGUCCAGUCAUGUUUGCUUCUGUAAAUUAGUGGAUGCUUUCAGUGAGGAUCUAGUUGGACCAAGCGUCGGAGUGUUUGGUUGUAGUUAGACCGAGCAAGGAAGGGUUCAGCUUUGGGCUGAACUUGUGCUUGAUUUGUAAUAGUGUAGGACCUUUAACCUUGACAUUUCAGAUGUCUACACCAUCAUAUUGAUGGUAUUCUGUGUGAAAGUCAGUGAAAUCUUAGGGAGCUUGUGUUAGCUUUAUCUGAUCGAAAUUGUGCUUGUAGUAUCAUGACAUGAUAGUAGUAUCACUCAACUUUGAAGAAAUUAAGAGAAGCGCAUGAUUUCAGUUCUGAA